AAGAAGAAUAACACUUCCGCAUAGUCACAGUUUGUCCAACUCAAUAAGGCUGUUAGUAGUGGUUCUGUCACAAAAUGGCUAAAUUAAAAGAGAAGAAACGAGAGAAAAUCAGUGUCGCCACUGAGAUUGACCGACUGGAGGAGCGGCGGGCGCGUUGCCAAGACAACCUGGAGAGGGCAGAGUUCAGGAGCAGGAAGGAGAAACUCUCUGAGAAGGAAAGGCAGGAGCUGGAGGAUGAAAUGACAAUCAUGAAUGAGAGGGUGCAAAAGUUAGACAAGGAGCUGGAGAUGUUAAGAGGAGAGAAUCGGAAGAACAUGCUGCUAUCAGUCGCUCUGCUAGCCGUCAGCGCUCUCUUCUACUAUGUCUUUUUUUACAAUGAAGAGGAUUCAUGAUCCCUCCUGGUAUCUGAAGGGGACCUGCUGCAACACUGGACAAUGUUGUCAUGAAAUGAAAUAUGAGGACUGUAUACACAGGGGUUAAAUACAUGGGAAAGCCUCGGGAGCUGUGUUGAUGGAAUACCUCACGUCUGCCUCUAGAUGGCACCGUAGUCAUUUUUGUGAUCUCCUCUGGUCAUCAUACGUUUGUCCUGCACAGUCACAACCCCACCACAGCUUCUUGGACUGCAAAGUUUGUGUUUUAAACAUACUGGAACCUUAAUUAUUGCCCUCACUUCAAAUCUCCGUCAGCAUAUCCACAAAUUAAGUUCAAAGUUCUUUUUCGCCCACUUUUGGAAGCUUUUUAUAAACGUCAGUGUGAGCGAGUGCAUCAUUUUGGUAUUACACAGGCUUAUGUGAACAGAAGGCUGCUGCCUUAUCUUAACAGCAAUCAUAUAGUUUGUGGUAAUGCUAAACCAUCAAGCGACAAAAAUGAAAAUGCAUCAGUGUGUUGUUUGUUGAUUAUCCCAUAAUAAUCCCAGCCCACAGACUGGUCUUCCAUACCGUACUGCAGGUGACACAGGAUGGUUUCACCCAGUAGAUUUUGUGACAUGAGAUUGUUUUCCCCAACUUUCAUUGCUCUCUAAAGACCUUACUGUAUAUAAUGACUUUUAACGCAAAGAAGAAUGUAUAUACAGCAGUUUUCACCUAAAUAGCUGCCUUAUGCUACAAACAAACUUAUGUAAUAUUUCAUGCAAUAUAUCAAAAUGAUGUUCAUCAGAUGGUGUCAGUGAUGCCUGCUUUUGUCUUUUCAGUCACAUAUGUGAUAAUACAUGGUACACAUACUGUAUCACAUAUGCAGUCAGAUGAAUGAAGAUAUUCAUAAUGUUUGGUUUGUCUUUUUCAGUGUGAGUUGUACAAUUUUGUCAUUGCAGCAAAUGGAGAGCCUGAAUAAUGUCUGUCUUGUUUUUGAUACUCAUGCUGAGAACGCACCUGUCUGCUAAAGACAGUUAAAAAUGCCAAAUAUGUUCACAAAUGUCUUUUAACACAUGAAAGGGGAGGGUAUGAAAACUGGGUUUGGUCCUUAUAACUGUACUAAAUGUACGGGUAUAUAUUAAACACUUUAUAUCAGUUUUGGAAGAAUAUUUGUUGUAUUGUUUGUAAUUCAUGUGUUAGUUAUCUGUAGUGCGGUAUUAUAAAAUCUCAGUU